AUGUCACAUUACGGUGGCCCGCCCAACCAGUACGGUGGUGAUUACUCGGGUCAGCAACAGCAGGGCCAAGGUUACUACCCGCCGCAUGGACAGCACGGCGCUCCUCCACCCCAGCAGGGCUAUUACCCUCCCGAGCAGCAGCAGCACUCGUACGGUCAGCCGCAGUAUGGCGGCCAGCCUCCCGCUCCGUACGGCCCGCAGGGCUACGCGCCCCCGCCCUAUGAACAGCACCAGCAGGGCCAGUACCCCGGCCCUGGAUACGGACACCAGCAGGUGCCUCCCCAGGAUCGCGGCCACUCACCCUACCCCCCGCAGCCGCAGCAGUACCAGCAGGGUGGCGCAAACGCUUCAUACUACGGUAGCGGUGCUCCCCCGCCCCAGCAGGGAUAUGCUCCUGGCCCUGGCGGCCCGGAGGGCGAGAGGGGUCUCGGAUCCACGAUCCUCGGCGGUGCAGCCGGUGGGUUUGCUGGCCACAAGAUGGGCGGCGGAUUCUUGGGAACCGCGGGUGGUGCGGUUCUAGGUGCUGUUGGGAUGAAUAUGGCUACUCAUGAGGUGUAA